AUGCAUGAAGCUAAGUGGUGCGAGCGAUGGAAAGCAGUGCGCAGUGACGUGUGUUGCAGUGAUGAAUCAACGCAAGUCCCCGUGCAUAUGGAAGAUCAUGUUGCAGAUCACAACUUGGGAUUUCCAGUUGAGGUCGCCUGGCUGCGAGUGGACACGCAGACUAUUCUCACCAUCGCCACACACGUCAUCACCAAGAACCACCGCAUCGGCGUGUCGCACAGCGACCACCGCACGUGGUACCUGCAAAUCCGCGAAGUCAGGGAGUCGGAUCGCGGAUGGUACAUGUGCCAGAUCAACACGGACCCCAUGAAGAGCCAAGUCGGCUACCUGGAAGUUGUCGGUCACUCUCCACCUCUCUUCAUCAACAGCCUCACCCCGUGGCCACCACCGUCACCUCACCCUGCUGCUCCCCGCCAGUUCCACUCUACUUUUCCCCUCCGGCAACCUGCGCGCCGGCCCACCCCAUCCAGCUCCGCCCCCUCUGCCCAGCCCCGCUCUAUCCUGCCCGCCCACACGUGUCCCCAACCCGCUCUGCCCCGACCCAAACUGCCCCCUCCUCUCGCUCCCCGCCCCUCUCUGCCCCCACUACAACGCCCUGCCCGCCUGCCCCGCCCUGACCCGCUCUGCUUGCCCUGCCCCGCCCCGCCGCCCGCCCACGAGGCUUCCGCGAGCCGCCACCAGCGCGAGGGCCGUCUGCGCGCCGGCAGAAUUCAAAACGCUAAAUCACCGCGGCGAGCGCGCGGAGCCGGCCGCGAGAGCCCAGGCCAGCCCAGCCCAGCCCAGCCCAGCCCACCGCCCGCCACCCCGCCAGCGCCGCCCAGCCGCAGCCGCCCGCGCCCACCCGCCCAGCCCAGCCCAGCCCCGCCGCCGCCCCGCCCCGCCCCCCUGCCCGCCCCGCCUCGCCCCCCUGCCCCGCCCUGCCCCGGCCCUGCCCCGCCGCCCCCGCCCCGCCCCGCGCCCCCUCCGCCCCACUCGGCGCCCGUCCCGCACCAAAGUGGGCUUACGGCCGGCCCAGGCGCAGCGGCGGCGGCGGCGGCGCGGGCACAAAGCCAGAUUAGCGAGCGCGCGGCUUUAUUUUAA